AUGAAGAGGAAUGUGCUCCUUGUGGGCGACCCGGGUGUUGGGAAGACUGCCGUGGUAGAAGCUUUGGCGCAGCGAAUUGCUGCGGGCCGUGCCCCUACUUGGCUGGCUGGCAAGAGGCUCAGGAGCCUGGAUGUGGCACUGCUCACUGCGGGCACUCGCCUUCGGGGCGACUUCGAGGAGCGACUGCGCUUCCUCCUCGAGGACGUGGACCAAGAAGGCAGCUUUACAUGCGGCAGGAAGUUUAAGUUGACUGCAUGCAAGCAAGGGUCACUGUAG